AUGAUCAAUAAAGAGUAUGCUGAGAGCAAUUUGUAUGAGCUAUCAGAGGCACUUACGAUACUAUCAAAGUCAAUAUCAAAGACAUCGCAAGAAAACAAGGAGCUGAUUUCAAGCCAUUUCUCCAAGUUCGUGGAGUGCAGAGCCACGCUUGAGGACAUCUACGAUGACGUAAAGGCGAAGAACCUGAACAGGAAGCUGACUGGUGAAAUAGAGAAGGUCAUUGGGAUGCUCUUGAAGAAGUACGAGGCACUUUCAAUAAGAAUCAGGGAGGAUAUCAGGCAGGAGACAUUCAAUAACAGGAGAUUGUACUACGAGAACGAAUUCGUUGACAUUUUCACGUUGAAGGCGAAUUUGAGCAAAAACCUGAACAACUUCGAGAACUUUGUGAAUCUCUACAAGAGGGCACAGAAGAUAUACGAGCCGUACAAGAAGUCGCAGUUUCUCACCAAAAAGAUCGAAGACGUGCAGCCUGAGAUCAACAUCUUCUUGGAAAACGUCUAUUCGUACAUCAGCAGCGAGAGACUCAACUUCGAGGAGUCAUGCUACUAUUUCGACCUAUACUUCGACGUGUCACAGGAGAAGUCUGAUAGGAAGAUAAUGAACACGCUUCUUGUCACGUUCAAGGAGUGUACGUACAUCUACGAUGACAUGGAGAACGUAGAUGGCUACUUGAACUACCUUGAAAUGAGUCUACUCAAAUUCAUUGGGUACGUUGACGACGACCUGAAGAAGAACGGAAUUGAACACUACUUCAAGAGCAUAGCACAAGCUGUGAAGACAACUGCGGCAGCAAAGACGGCAUUCAAGAGAGCAGUCAAAGUCAGUGAGGUGCUUGAAGUCUCCCCAGCUGUUACUGCUCAUUUUAAGGUUAAAAUGAGUGAAGCAAAGGCAGACGCAUUUUUCAACUUGUUAAAGAACGGAGAUGAAGACGGAGAGGACGAGGAGAAGAAUGCGGCCGUAUUUGAGUAUUUUGUGACUGAAGAAGAGACGGCAUCUGCCACCGUAAACAGGCUACUUGAGAAGUCGACCAGAAUAUUUGUGUCGUACAAGGAGAUCAUCAAAGAGAACGAGCUGUCCAACAUCCAGGACAUUCUGAUAGAUCACAUCAAGGCAUCUGUUGAGGAGCAGAGCUUUGGAACCUACGACUUCUUCAGGCUUCAAAUUACGGAUGUACGAAAGUGCCUUGGAAGCAGAAAGUCGCCUAAAAACAGGAUACUCGACCGAUUUCUACGAGANGUAUUUGAGUAUUUUGUGACUGAAGAAGAGACGGCAUCUGCCACCGUAAACAGGCUACUUGAGAAGUCGACCAGAAUAUUUGUGUCGUACAAGGAGAUCAUCAAAGAGAACGAGCUGUCCAACAUCCAGGACAUUCUGAUAGAUCACAUCAAGGCAUCUGUUGAGGAGCAGAGCUUUGGAACCUACGACUUCUUCAGGCUUCAAAUUACGGAUGUACGAAAGUGCCUUGGAAGCAGAAAGUCGCCUAAAAACAGGAUACUCGACCGAUUUCUACGAGAGAAGCGCGAGAAGACGGUGCUACGCCUGAGCAACGAGCUUGAGAAGAUGAUUGAGAAGACCGUGGUCAACGCAAAAAGUGGUGAAGACAAAACAAACAAAGUUGUUGCUGUGUUUAUGCACAUUCUACACCUGUUGGACAAGACAUCGAAGGAGAGUCUGAAGGACAUUCUGUUUGAAGCCAAACAGCAGAUAAUGAACGACCAGGUCACAUUCUACUUCCUACACAAAUUCAUCAGAAUGCGUGAACCAGACUUAGACAAGGCCAAUCGUGAGGUAGCCACCAGAAUCCACGACCAGUUCAAGUGCCUUAAGGAUGAAAUUUAUCAGUGA